AUGUUGACAAAAUUCUACCAGCACAUCUUGGCCUUGGUGUUUGCUGUUGAUGAGAUCAACCAGAAUCCCAGGAUCCUGCCCAAUGUCACUCUUGGGUUCCACAUCUAUGAUAGCUACACUGAUUCAAGGAUGACCUACAAGGCCACUCUGGACCUGCUCUUUAACACAAAUUACUUCGUCCCCAACUACAAAUGUGGCAUCCAGAAAAAUGUAAUAGGAGUUAUCGGGGGACUGAGCUCUGAUACCACUUCAUGCAUGGCAGACAUAUUGGGUCUGUACAAGAUUCCACAGAGGAUCUCAUUCAACAACAACGCUGGUGAUGAAAUUACAUUUAAUGAACAUGGAGAAUUAGUGGCUGGAUUUGAUAUUACGAACUUGGUCACUUUCCCAAAUCAGUCCUUCAUCAGGGUCAAAGUGGGAAGGCUGGAUCCUCAGGCACCUCCUAGGAAACAACUCACCAUUGAUGAGGACAGAAUCAAAUGGCAAAGAGGCUUGACUCAGGUGCCACCGCUUUCAGAAUGUAAUGGCAUCUGCCAUCCUGGUUAUGGGAAAAAGAAGAAGGAAGGAGUUAAAUUCUGCUGCUAUGAUUGCGUUCCAUGUCCAGAUGGGAUGGUCUCAAAUGAGAAGGAAAUGGAAACUUGUCUCGUAUGCCAAGAAGAUCACUAUCCAAACAAUGGCAAGAAUCAAUGCAUUCCUAAGAUUCCAAACUUCUUAGCCUUUGAUGAAACCUUGGCCAUCAUUUCAACAUUCUCUGCACUGUUGUUGUCUCUGAUCACAGCUCUCGUCUUUGGCAUCUUCAUCAAGCACCGGGACACUCCCAUAGUCAAAGCCAACAACAGAGGCCUCACCUAUGUUCUCCUUGUCUCCCUUCUCUUGUGUUUCCUCUCCUCUUUACUGUUCCUUGGAACACCUAAUAAGGCGACCUGCCUUCUCCGACAAACCAGUUUUGGCAUCGUCUUCUCUGUGGCCCUCUCCAGCAUCUUGGCCAAAACGAUAUCGGUGGUUUUGGCAUUCAUGGCUACCAAGCCAGGAUCCAGGAUAAGGAAAUGGGUGGAUAAAAGGCUGGCUUAUUCCCUUGUCCUCUUUUGCUCCAAAAUCCAAGUGGGGAUCUGCACUCUGUGGCUGGCAACCUCUCCUCCCUUCCCUGAUUUAGACAUGCACACAAUGACAGAAGAAAUAGUACUGCAAUGCAACGAAGGCUUGGUCUUCAUGUUCUAUUGCGUCUUGGGAUAUAUGGCCUUUCUCGCCACUGUCAGCUUCAUUGUGGCCUUCCUAGCCAGGAAGUUGCCUGACAGUUUCAAUGAAGCCAAGUUCAUCACCUUCAGCAUGGUGGUCUUCUGCAGUGUUUGGGUAUCCUUUGUCCCAACUUACCUGAGCACAAGAGGAAAAUAUAUGGUGGCUGUUGAAGUCUUUUCCAUCUUGGCUUCCAGUGCUGGCCUCCUGGGUUGCAUCUUUCUCCCCAAAUGCUACAUUAUUGUGUUGCGGCCUGAGCUCAACAGCAGAGAACAUCUGAUACGAAGAAAGACAUAA